GCACAUUUUCAACUGUCAUCAUAAUUUAUCAUGAUGGGUUUGGAGAAAACGCUCUGUUGGGCAAGCAGCUAUAAUAAGAAAAAUAUUCUCUGCUACAUAGUUACGAGAUUGUAUUCAACUACAAUUAAAGGCGGGCCACUAAACUCAGAAACGAAUACACCAAACUACGGGCCGACAGAUAACCUUCGUGAGAAGUUUAUGGAAAAUGAGCUGAUUUUUGAGAUCAGAUACAGAAAGUUCCCCUCUACGAAGAGGCCGGUAUACAAAGCCGUAGUAUUUGAUAAAGAUGGAACCCUAAUAUGUUUUGAUUCAAUGUGGGUACCUUGGGCCAAGCAAGUUGCAACGAGGUAAUUUGUGUUUUGUGAAGUGAAGUUUGAAGGAUUUCGGCCGCCGUGAAACUGGAUGUUCAAGAAGAAAUCUUCACAGUAUUAGGUGUAUGCUCUAAAACCUCAAGAAUCCAGCCUGGUUUGUUGUUUUUAAAAUAUGUGACUCAUUUUCAGGUCUUCUUGCUGAAGGAACAAAGUCACAAAUCUGUGAAGCAAUUACUGGGAUCUUAACCAGAAAAAAUAUUUCGAGAGCAGAUGCUCAUGAAAUUUCGGCACACCACAUCAACCGCUGUAUUCCACAAACUCAACACGUGAACCAACUGGAGGAUCUUCCUCAGCUGUUCACAGUUUUGCGUCAGCAUGACAUUCGAGUUGCUGUCUGUACGUCUGAUAGCCGGGAGCUCUGCCUGCUUUUUUGCCUCGACCGACAUUUUAGCGACAAUACAAGCACUGAAUAAUUUAGGAAUUCUCCAUUUGGUUGACUUGGUUAUAUGCGGCGAUGACGAACAAACUCAUCCGAAGCCAGAUCCCCACAACGGGUUACUUAUCUGCGAUAAACUCAGCGUAGAGCCAAAUGAGGUCGUGAUGGUUGGUGAUACUCCAACGGAUGUGAAAUUUGCCAAGAACUCUAGAUUUGGUUUAACUCUCGGGGUGCUUAGUGGAGUUGGCCGGCGUAGCGACCUAGAACACGCAUGGUACGGGUCAGUAAUGACAGAGCUCAACGUCCGUCAGUUAGAGAAUUCCAAAUUUCAAAUUAUUCCUUCCGUAGCGGAUAUAAUUCCAAUUGUUUUGCCAAACAGUCCCGUUCCUGUACGGGUUAGACCAAGACUUUCAUCCACAAGCCAAUGCGAUUCAACCAAAAAAUAUAAAUUGGUUAUAUUGGACAAGAAUGGCAGCUUGACUGACGUGCAUCCUCGUUGGUCAAAUUGGGCCGAAGUUAUCAGCUCUAGACUGCGAGAGAUCACCUCGGCACGAAUAGCAGACAAGUUCAUGGAGAUGAUUGGCUAUGAUGCGGAGUCAAGACGUGUGUCUGGCGGCAUGUUACCUGAUUGCUCUAUCCUUCAUAUCCGUGACUGUUUAGGAUAUCUUUUGAACCUGAAUGGUUACGACCAGCGGUCUUCCUCGGAAAUUGUGAACAAGGUAUGGUUCGUACCAGAUUCGGACGCAGACGAUUUGCUUCCUGGCGUGGUGGAAACUAUUACACAUCUGCGGCAGCACGGCGUAGCCAUUGCUCUCAAUACGUCGGACAGCCGAGAAGUUUCGAGAAAGUUUUUGUCUUGCACCGGUCUGGAAGGAAAGAUAGAUUAUGUCUUGUCUGCUGAGGAUGCUGGAAAGCAUCCAAAACCACUGCCCCAUACAGUUUAUCAUGUCCUGAAUGCUCUUGGUAUAUCAUUUGACUACAUAAUCGUCGGAGCCGGUUCAGCAGGGUGCGUACUAGCCAACANCAUGAUCGGCGUCGCCGGUUCAGCGGGGGGCGUACUAGCCAACAGGUUAUCAGCUCCUAGAUCCUCAACCAGUUCAUUGCGGUCUAAUGCGGACGCAUCUUCGGUUCAUCUUCUUGAGGCUGGGCCAACGGACGAAGGAUGGUCCAGGUGGACAAUUCGUAUGCCUGCAGCUCUUAUGUACAAUUUAUACGAUGGCAAGUACAAUUGGUAUUACCACACAGUGCCUCAGCGACACAUGAAUAAUCGUGUCAUGUACUGGCCUCGCGGACGUGUCCUCGGCGGCAGUUCCUCUUUAAACGCAAUGGUUUACAUUCGCGGGCAUCCAAUGGACUAUGACAGAUGGGAACGCGAAGGUGCUACAGGAUGGAAUUUUGGGAACUGCCUGCCGUAUUUUCGGCGUUCACAGACCCAUGAACUUGGUGGUGACGAAUAUCGCGGUGGAAGUGGACCCUUGUACGUGUCUCGGGGGAAGACCAAUCACCCUCUUCAUGAGGCUUGGUUGAAAGCUGGUCAAGAGUCAGGAUAUCACUUUACUGAGGACGUUAACGGUUAUCAACAAGAGGGCGUUGGAUAUUUUGACAUGACAAUUAAGGAUGGUCAACGCUGUUCAGCUGCCACUGCCUAUCUUCAUCCGAUCAAACACUCACGGCCAAACCUGAAGAUUACUACGAAAGCACUAGUUACGCGCAUACUAUUCGAAGGCACUCGUGCCGUUGGUGUGGAAUAUCUCCAGGAUGGCUCAUUAUACGAGACUAGAGCAGAACGUGAGGUCAUAUUGUCUGGAGGUGCAAUCAAUUCUCCCCAGUUGCUCAUGCUGUCCGGUAUUGGACAUGUGGACUAUUUACGCUCGAUUGGUAUCGACGCAUGGCACCAACUUCCAGGAGUAGGGCAGAAUCUACAGGACCAUCUCGAGGUUUACGUGCAGAACGCUUGUGAUGAGGUGCACGUUGGCCCAAUGCGACCGCGCGGUACUGGCCAGCUGUUGCUUGUAUCUGCUGAUCCGAAGGCACCCCCAAAGAUCGAUCCGAACUAUAUGUCAUGCGAAAGUGAUCGCGAAGACAUGCGCAGAUGCAUACGCUUGUCGCGGGAGAUAUUUGCUCAACCAAGUCUUGCGAAGCGGUUUGGUGGUUACGAAAUAAGACCAGGUUCAGAGAAGAAGACUAAUGCUGAACUCGAUAAGUUUGUCCGGGAACUAGCUGAUAGUGCAUAUCAUCCGUCGUGCACUUGCCGAAUGGGUCUCAACCCUGAGGGCCGACCUGUUACUGAGCAAGAUAUUCAGCAACGUGGCUACCUUGGCAACGGCAUUGUGGAAGCUGCGGUUACCCGCCCUGAUUGUAAAGUCUGGGGAUUAGACGGUUUACGAGUUGUCGAUGCCAGCAUCAUGCCGUCCAUCAUCUCAGGUAACCUGAAUGCCCCGGUCAUAAUGAUGGCCGAGCGAGCUGCCGAUCUUAUCUUAUCUGACCGCGAUGGCAAGUCAGUCAUGCUAAGUCCGGCAACUGGUGUUAAGUACUGGACUCCCAAAUUUCCAAAACAACAGCGUGACAUGAAACCCGAAGUGAGAUUAGAAUGUUGAUUUAGCUUCCAGGCCAACAUGGUAAUCAGCUUCGGGAACGUCAUAUGGCAUUUUGUACUCUGCGAUUACAUUGUGUUGACUUUGUUGCAAAUAAAAAUCCACUUAUUGAGGAUGCGUUGCUGGUUUGUGGCUUG